AUGCGGACACGUGCAGCUGAAUGGAUCUUGCUUAUCACCUGGAUCAUGCAUCUGAUUUUUAAUUCAAAAGAGAGGACAUUACAGGACUCAUUUGGCUGCUUUUUGGGGGUUUGCCCGAGCCCAGCAGGAGCCAGGUAUGUGGACAUCUCGGCAGCUUACUCCUGGGGUAGCAAGCCCUGCUGGGCACCACUGCCUCCCAGCGAUCACAAGUUCUGUGGCAUUCUGAAUCUGCGAGCUGGCUGUGGUACCCAUCUGGACUGGGGAGCUGUCUCUGUGUGUGCCAUGUUCAGGUUUGCACAAGGAGCCGUUGCCCAGUUGCGGGUGCCUAGGGGAUGGCUGGGUGCUGGGGCAAGCAACGAACCAGACAUCAGGGAAGUCUCUGGGCCGAUGCCAGUCUGCACCCCUAUCGAUGUCAGUGCGGCCACUGCUCCCGACUCUGUAGGGUGUGGAGAGAAGUCAGAGCGUGGAGAUGACCAGGAAGCCAGACCCUUCCCUGACGCACAGCAGGGGCUGCUCAGCACACUCACAUGGCUCAGCAGUGAUGACUGGGAGGAAAAGACCAAGGGCCUCUUCAGCGUCAGACGCCUGGCUAUCUGCCACUCAGAAGUCCUUCUUAGUAGACUUCAUGAUGUUUCCUUGGCAGUUACCAAAGAGGUGAACAACCUCCGCUCGAAGGUUUCUCUCCUCGCAAUCAGCGCUCUUGGAGAGCUCUUCAGGACCAUGAAGAAGCACAUGGACCCUGUUGUGGAUGAGGCUACUCGGGUCCUGCUCCAGAGGAUGGGGAAUUGCAGCAUGUCAAUUCAGAAAGCAGCCAAUCAGUGCCUGGGGAUCAUGGUGGGGAACGUGACUCCUGCACGAGCAAUGACUGCUCUCAUGGCUAGUGGAAUCCAGCACUGCAACGUGCUGGUGCGGAAGUGUGCGGCUGAACACCUGCUGACCACGAUGGAGCUAAUUGGAGCCCAGAAGCUCCUGUCAGGCUCACGUUAUAGUACAGAUCUUCUAGUGCGUGCGCUGGUGAAGCUUGCUCAGGACUGUCAUCAGGACACAAGGUUUUAUGGACGGAAGAUGCUGAAUAUAUUGAUGAGUCAUCAAAAAUUUGAGAAGUAUUUGAAACAGUCUAUUCCCUCACGUGACUUGGAAGAUGUUAUGGCAACAAUAAGGCAGAAAACUGUCCAUCACACGUCAGUUCAGGCUGCUCCACAGCCAGAAACUCCAGAAACACAGCCUUUUCCUCCAGAAACUGAAGACUUCAUGGAGCUUUACAGGCUCCUGACAGCCGAGGACUUUCAGUCACGACUGGAGGGAGUGCAGCUUCUCCAAGAUCACUGCAAAAGCAGCCCCUGGUUCAUCUUCACUAACAUUAUACAAAUUUUUGGUGUUUUUGUCCUGAGAAUUCAGGACUGCAACAAGAAAGUGAAGCAGCAGGCGCUGGAGGCUCUGUCUUGGAUGACAUCUGUGCUCAGAGAUGCCUUACACCCAGUGCUGGUGUCUCUGGUAGAAGCAGUCACUGACAACCUGAACUCAAAGCACCCAGGGAUUUCUGCUGCAGCUGUGAAAGCACUGGAAGCAUUCAUUGCUCAGCUAGAUAACACAUUGCUGCUGCAAACACUUGCCCAGCGAGUGCAUUACCUCAGGGGCCAAGCUCUGCUAGAUGUCACAGAACAUCUCUCAGGUAUUGCGCACUUCAGCCAAUCUCCAUUUCUAAGUCAAGAAGUCUUCAGAGGGAAUAUUUAA